AUGGAGUACACCUACCUAAGUCCUACUGCAAAUGAGUCUGGGAUGGACACCGGCCGAACUUCUAGCCGCCCCACGGAGUUCAGUUCCUGCAUUCAUCAUAAUCUUUUGACUUAUGAACGAGGCAUCCAGGAGAGGCGCAAACAAAGGCGCUUUCGCACCAUCUUCACCAGCUUUCAGCUGAAUGAGCUUGAGCGCGUGUUCGCACUGACUCAUUAUCCAGAUAUCUUCACGCGCGAGGAGCUCGCGCAGGAGAUUCAUCUCACCGAAGCUCGAGUUCAGGUCUGGUUCCAGAACAGACGUGCAAAAUUUCGCAAACAGGAGCGCGCAGCCACAUGGGUUGCGACAUCACUGAAAAUGCAAAAAUCGCUUUCUCAUGAGAACUCCAAAACGAUGACAGUUCCUCACCCAGACAGCACACAACCCACCAUUACACUAACCCAAGACCAAAAACAGGAGCCCAACAACAGUCUCAAAAAGUGCCAGCCUUCCGAAGAACUGCUCUCAGGGGUUUCUUCUCUUGAUCAGCAGCGAUCAAGCGUUCACCGAUCUCUCAGCGAGACUAUCGCGCGAGUGUUGCACAAUGAAAGAUACGAUGUGCGUGCUACAACAUCAGAUUCCACUAUGGAACUGAACUAG